AUGCCAUCUGACAAGGUGGAAAAGAAGCGCAAGCGUGCUUCCGAUCGUCAUGAACGCCCUAGCAAGAAGCCCGCCCUCGGUCUGCAGGAUCUGCCUCCGUUGACCACCAGCGUCGUCAACGACAACAGCGAACUGGCUCCUGUCAUUGUGACCACCCCCGGUCUCAGCGCCCCCCGAAACCUCCGCCUCACGCCGUAUCUCAAGACCCGCGCCCAUGGCGAAGACACCGACAGCUCGACCCGCAACAAGGGCAUCACCUCGUCAGAGAUCCUCCUGCAGUCGUCGGACCACCCGAAACUUGACUUUGUCGGACGCGAGGCCAACGACGACGCCGACUCGCAACUGAAGCACUACGUGGCCGUGGUCGACCCGAGCAGCCGCACGUGGCAGUUCGUCGAGGUGCGCAAGGUGACGCUGCGGGGUGCGGUGCGGCAGACAAAGGCCGCAGGCUCGGACGACGAGGAGGAGGCGGAGAGCUCGGACGAGGAAAUGAAGACGCUGCGCGCGCAGCGCACGGAGCUGACCAACACGUUCGGCACGAAGCAGUCGCGCAAGGCGGCGCAGAGCAUGGCGGAAAACGCGCAGCUGUCCAACGCGCCCGCGGGCGCCGCCGCCGCCGCCGAGUCGGCCAUCCUCUCCGCCAUGCCCGCUGACGCCGCCGCCGACCUGGCCGCCAAAUCCGCCGCGCUCCAGGCCCAGGUGCAGGCCGCCAAGCCGCUGCCCCCGGCCAACCUGGCCGCCUCGCACCCGGCCGACGUCUACCCGCUCGACGUGCUCGUGCCCAACGGCCUGGCCACCCUGCGCCAGCUGCCCGGCGUGCAGGCCUGGCACGACGCCGUCGCCGCCGGCCAGCCCGUCUCCACGACUUCGCGCUACGUCUCGCGCCGCGUCGAGGCCGUCGUGCAGUCCGGCAACACCACCCAGCUGCAGGUGCUGCGCUUCAUCUUCCUGCUGCUGGAGUUCGCGCGCGCGCUGCGCUCCGCCCGCGGCGACCCCAAGGCCUCCGGCCCGGGCAGCAAGAAACUGCCCUCGCGCGACGACCUGCGCCGCAUCCUGUCGUCGUCCACCGGCGCCACCGACGACGCCGCGGCGGCCACCGAGACCCUCCCAGACCCGGUCAUCGACGCCGUGCGCCGCAAGUUCGCCCCGCACGGCGGCCACGUCACCAAGCACGACCUCACCCUGCUGCACACCACCAUCUGCGCGCUGUCGCUGCACAUCCCGCCGCAGCCCGCCAAGGACGGCGGCGCCAGCGCCGUCGGCGGCAACGCCCCCAACGAGCUGGCCACCGACCCGUCCGACCUGCGCGACGACCUCCGCCUCACCAACGCCGACAUCACCCAGUACUUCCGCGAGCUGGGCUGCCGCAUCGACAAGCCGCGCGAGUCCGAGUUUGCCAAGUGGGGCAUCAAGGGCGGCAAGGCCGAGGCGGCUGCGCGCCGUGUUGUGCGGCUCCGUGUGCCUGUCGAGUUUCCCAAGGUCAGUCGGGGCGGGAAGCGGUAG